GGCAUGUCCGUCCGUUGCUAUGCACCCAUAUAUGACAGACUUCCGUUUCCAUUGAUGACAGAGGAACAGACAGUGCGUAUUGACAAGUUCUAUUUAGAAAAUAUGCAUUUUGAGGAAAUGCAUGACCUAGCUGUGUUUUCCACUGUUUCUAUUUCAUUCAUUUCAAAAGAAUAACAACACAUGCAGUUUUGUACAAAUGCUUUCACUUAGCGUAAUAAACAAUUUAUUCAGGAAACACAUACAUCUGUAAACGACAUUAUGUAUGUAAAUUUUCUCAUAAUUGUUUACAAUAUGGAUUAGUUCACUUUCAGAAUGAAACUACUGUCAUCAUUUACUUACUCCCCACUUGUUCCAAACCGAGUUUCUUUCUUCUGUUGAACACAAACGAAGAUAUUAAAAAAAUAAAUAAAAGAAUGUUGGUAUCCGAACAGGAAAAAAAUUACUAUGGAAGUGGUGCUCAUCAACUGUUGUGGCGGACGCUCCAAUGCAGCGCAACAAGCAGAAAUCGAUAUGUUUGAGCGAUAUUUUAGUCUGCUGGACCUACAGCCUCAAUCAGAGAAUUAUGAAACAGCAUCACAGAUAGAAAUGGCAACGAGUCCUGGAAGGAAAACUAAAGCACGCACUCCAGAGAGACAACAGCUCCUGACACUAGAGCAGAAAUGUGAUGUCGCCAAAAGCAUGCAUAAACAGAUGACUGAGGAUUUGAAGAGAGCAAAAGACUUUUCAGAAAAAGAGCUGGACAAUUACAAGGCAACUCUGGAAGAAGCUGAUAUCCACUUGGCGGAGGUUAAAAAAGAAUGUGGCCAGUUUGAUCGUGAUGUUGGUAAAGCACUGCGGGAUAAAAAGUGUGUGACGAUGAGUGCUGAGAAGGUCAUCAGAUACAUUGAGGAUAAAGUAAAGGCCAAGGAAAGCCUGAUUGAGAAGUUGCAUCAGAAGAAUGCAGCACUCCUCGCAUACAAGAAAAAACUACAAAUCCAGUUAAAACAACAAGAGGAGAUGGGUGAAGGGCUGACAGCUUUGGACUUUGAGCAGCUCAAGUUUGGGAACAUGAAAUGUAGGAAGCGACUGGAUGAGCAAAACCUCAGACGUGUGGAACUCAAAUUACUCGCAGGGAAGACCCUGCAUGUCUUGAAUUCUAAUAAGGAGAAGCUUCAGACCUUGACACAUGAGUCAGAUGUGCUGAGCAGUGACACUGCUUUACGGGCGAAGUUACUGAUAAAGUUUGAGGAGGAGACCAAGCAAGCAGAGGAGGAACGAAACAAAGCAGAGGCUCUGAACAGGAAGUUGAGGGGCCAGUUGGCCGAUUUUCACGUACCACACGUCCUACAAUACAUCAAAGUUAAGGAGUCUCAUGGUCAGCUGAAGAAGAGUGUUAAAGAAUGGGAACGCAAGGUGGAGAUUGCAGAGAUGGCACUAAAAACACACUCAAAAUCCUGGGACAAGCUUAGGAUCACUGCUGGAGCCAGAGCAGUUCCUGCACGACAUGCAGCCAUAGAUGCUGGAUUGUAUGGAUUCUGAAACAACAAAAACUAAACAUGUCCUAAAUAACCUCAAUGCCCAAGAUGAUGUCAAAGAUGUCCAUAUAUUUUCAAAACAAAUGCAUCAAUAUGAAGAAUAAUAAAAUGAACAUAAAAAUGACACA